AUGAGUGCAACUAUACCAGAUAUCUCAAGAAAAAUGAGUUCUCUUCUUCUCAUAGAUUUGGGUGCAAACAGUUUCAACGGUCCAGUACCACAACUUCCUGCUGGAGUGACAACAGUGGAUUUUUCCAGAAAUAAGUUUUCUGGGAACAUCUCCUUCACUUGUGACAAUUACGAUUACUUGGGUUAUCUUAACCUCUCAGAUAACCUGUUUUCCGUAGAGCUUCCUUAUUGCUUGAACCUUAGAUCACUUGUGCACCUUAAUUUAGCCAACAAUAAUUUCUCGGGGGAGAUACCUAGUUCUAUGUUGGCGAAAACAAUGUCUGGAGAAAUUCCAGAAUGGAUUGGAAAUAGCUUAGCUCUUAUUAGUGUUGUUAUAUUAAGGUCAAACAGGUUUAGUGGAAGCAUACCUUCAAGCAUAUGCCAGCUAACAAAUAUUCAAAUCUUGGACGUCUCUCAAAACAAGAUCUCUGGGACCAUACCGAAGUGCAUCAACAACCUCACAGAGUUGACUAAAGAAGAGAGUCCUAAACAAAAAGUCACCAGUUGGUACUACAGGUCUUACAUUAAAGGUGGUGUCACCGUCACAAGAAAUACGUCAUAUGAUGAGAGCGCAUUUUUGAUGUGGAAGGGAAGAGAAUUUGAAUACAGCAAUACACUUGGAUUGGUAAAAAGCAUAGAUCUUUCGAACAAUGACUUGGUAGGAGAAAUUCCUGUAGAAAUCACUUCUCUUAUAGGUCUGCUUGGUUUGAACCUGUCAAGAAACAACUUAACGGGCAGUAUCCCUACGCGAAUUGGUCAAUUGAGGGAUAUUAAUUUCCUGGACUUAUCCAGAAACAAACUUUCAGGGAAAAUUCCUUCUAGCUUUUCACAAUUAAGUCACUUGGGAGUCUUGAACUUGUCAUAUAACAAUUUGUCAGGUAGAAUCCCUUUGGACACUCAGUCAAAGACCUUCAACUCCUCAUCCUACAUUGGGAACCCCGGACUUUGUGGCUCUCCGCUAUCAGAAGCUUGUCCUGGUGAUGAACUUUCUCGAGAUCCAAAGUUGAAUGCUGACAGUGAAGAGAAACAGCAGGAGGACGAGUUCAUCAGUGCUGAAUUUUAUAUAAGUAUGGGGAUUGGCUUCACUUUCGGAUUUUGGGGUGUCUGUUCUGCUUUGAUCCUAAAACGGACGUGGAGAUAUGCCCUGUUCAGAUUCUUGGAGAACAUUUUCAAGAAUUAUAGUAUCUUUAACACAAAAUAA